AGUUGAGUCAUCACUGUUUAUCAUUGAAGAAUGGCUGUGAGGUGUGCCUUUGAGAACUCAAACGAAGUGGGCGUCUUUGCCAUGCUCACGAACUCCUACUGUAUCGUGGCCCUAGGGGGCAGUGAGAACUUCUACUCAGCCUUCGAGAGUGAGUUGAAGCCCCAUAUACCGGUCGUUCACGCCACCAUCGGAGGGACCAGGAUACCUGGGCGAGUGUGUGUUGGUAACCGACAUGGUCUGCUGGUGCCUAGCAUUACUACUGAUAAUGAGCUGCAGCAUUUAAGGAACGCAUUGCCUGAGAGUGUUAAGAUACAACGAGUGGAGGAGCGGCUGUCUGCCCUCGGCAACUGUAUUGUUUGUAACGACUACGUCGCCUUGGUCCACCCUGAUCUUGAUAGGGAAACUGAGGAGAUCAUCCAAGACGUGUUAAAGGUUGAAGUUUUCCGUGGUGCUGUAGCUGGUAACGUGCUGGUCGGGACAUACCUCACUCUCACUAACCAGGGAGGGCUGGUCCACCCUACGACCACUGUAGAGGAGAUGGAUGAACUCAGUCAGCUUCUACAGGUGCCUUUGACUGCUGGUACGGUUAACCGAGGGUCUGACUCGGUCGGUGCUGGUAUGGUCGCCAAUGAUUGGGCUGCUUUCUGUGGGAUGGACACCACUGCUACUGAGGUUGCGGUGAUUGAGAGUAUCUUCAAGCUCCAGCAGUUUACAAAGGAGGAACCUGGCAAGGAGGGUGCUAGUAUGGCUGAUGUUAAUAAGUCGAUCAUUGACAACUACGCCUAGUUCUCGGAUCAUUGCCACUCACUCUUUACCAAGCCCUGUGAGGUGGUGUAGUAGGUGCUGCUGCUGCGCUGUUGCCUUUAACUCCU